CGGAGCCGAAGGCGGCAGCGGUUUAUUCCAGAGUUGGAAAACCUAGAAUAAUAUAUUUUAUCCAUGUUUGGAAAACGAUAGUUGCUACAGACAAAGAGGAUUAACACUGGUAUUACAAAAAGAUGAGUAUGUUAAAACCAAGUGGACUUAAGGCUCCUUCAAAGACCAUCAAGCAUGGGAGUACAUUGCUGAAAACACCUGCAUCUGUUGCAGCUGCUCCAGCAGAAAAAGCGGCUUCCAGUGAAAAGGCCUCAAGCACAACCACUACAGAUACACAUGAAGAGUUUGUGGAUGAUUUCAGAGUCGGGGAGCGUGUUUGGGUUAAUGGAAAUAAACCUGGCUUUAUUCAGUUCCUUGGUGAAACACAGUUUGCCCCAGGACAGUGGGCAGGGAUUGUUCUAGAUGAACCAAUUGGUAAGAAUGAUGGCUCUGUGGCUGGAGUUCGCUAUUUCCAGUGUGAACCCUUGAGGGGAAUAUUUACAAGACCAUCAAAAUUGACAAGAAAAGUGCUGACAGAAGAUGAAGCCAAUGGUACACAGACAGCUCAUCCUUCUAGAGCUACAUCACCAACUUCCACAUCAGCUGCUAGUAUGGUGUCUUCGUCCGCUGCUGCACUUCCCCCUUCAGGAAUUCCGCAAAAAACUUCACCACUUGCUGCUAAGGAACAUUCAACUCCUUCUCAGAUUAGCAAUCUUUCAAAAACUGCAAGUGAAUCUAUAUCAAAUCUCUCUGAAGCCGGAUCACUAAAAAAAGGAGAAAGGGAGCUCAAAAUUGGAGACCGAGUUCUGGUUGGUGGAACAAAAGCUGGAGUUGUGCGUUUUUUGGGAGAAACUGACUUUGCUAAAGGAGAGUGGUGUGGAGUAGAACUGGAUGAACCUCUGGGAAAGAAUGAUGGAGCCGUUGCUGGAACAAGGUAUUUUCAGUGUCAACCAAAAUAUGGUUUGUUUGCUCCAGUCCACAAAGUUACAAAGAUUGGAUUCCCAUCAACAACACCGGCGAAAGCAAAGACAACUGUGCGAAAAGUGGUUGCGACUCCCACAGCCCUGAAACGUAGUCCAAGUGCAUCUUCCCUGAGCUCUCUCAGUUCUGUGGCAUCUUCAGUAAGCAGCAAGCCAAGCCGUACAGGACUAUUGACAGAAACAUCCUCCCGGUAUGCAAGAAAAAUUUCUGGUACCACAGCCCUACAGGAGGCACUGAAGGAGAAGCAGCAACAUAUUGAACAGCUCCUGGCAGAAAGGGACCUGGAGAGGGCAGAAGUUGCAAAAGCAACCAGUCACGUAGGGGAAAUAGAGCAGGAAUUAGCACUUGUUCGCGAUGGACAUGAUCGGCACGUACUGGAGAUGGAAGCAAAAAUGGACCAGCUACGAGCUAUGGUGGAGGCUGCUGAUAGGGAGAAAGUGGAGCUUCUCAAUCAGCUUGAGGAAGAGAAAAGGAAAGUUGAAGAUCUUCAGUUCCGUGUAGAAGAAGAAUCCAUUACCAAAGGAGACCUAGAGGUGGCCACCGUAUCAGAAAAAUCUCGCAUCAUGGAACUAGAAAGAGAUCUGGCAUUGCGGGUGAAGGAAGUAGCUGAGCUUCGAGGGAGAUUACAGUCUAGUAAACACAUUGAUGAUGUGGACACUUCUCUUUCAUUGUUACAAGAAGUAAGUUCUUUGCAAGAAAGAAUGGCAGCAGUUAGCAAAGAACAUCAGAAUGAGAUUAAUUCACUGAAAGAGAAGUUUGGAAUUAGUGAAGAAGCAUUGCAGAAAGAGAUCAAAUCACUUUCAGCUUCAAAUGAGAGAAUGGCAAAAGAAAAUGAAUCCUUGAAAACUAAGCUUGAUCACGCCAACAAGGAGAAUUCAGAUGUAAUAGAGCUAUGGAAAUCGAAGCUGGAAUCUGCAAUUGCCUCCCAUCAGCAAGCGAUGGAAGAGCUAAAAGUUUCUUUCAGCAAAGGUGUCGGGGCUCACACAGCAGAAUUUGCGGAGUUAAAGACUCAGACUGAGAAGAUAAAAUUAGACUAUGAAAAAGAAAUGUCAAAUUUAAAACUGAAGCAGGAAAAUGAAAAAUCUCAUCACUUAAAAGAGAUUGAAUCACUGAAAGCCAAACUGUUGGCAGUCACAGAGGAGAAAGAGCAAAACCUGGAAAGCCUGAAGACCAAACUGGAAAGUGUGGAAGAUCAGCAUCUAGUAGAAAUGGAAGACACUUUAAACAAAUUACAGGAAGCUGAAAUAAAGGUAAAGGAGCUAGAGGUACUGCAAGCCAAGUACAAUGAACAAACCAAAGUUAUUGAUAGUCUUACACCACAGAUCAAAGCUGCUGAAGAAAAGCUUUUGGACCUUGCUGCACUUCAGAAAGCCAAUUCUGAAGGUAAAUUGGAAAUCCAGAAACUUAGCAAGCAGCUUGAGGCAGCUGAGAAACAAAUUCAGAAUUUAGAGACUGAAAAGGUUGAUGGAAGUAGCAAGGCUAGUAAUCUGGCCAAAGAGCUGCAGGGCAAAGAGCAAAAGCUUCUUGACCUUGAGAAAAACUUGAGUGCAGUAAAUCAAGUUAAAGAUUCUUUGGAAAAGGAACUUCAAGUUUUGAAAGAAAAGUUUACUAGUGCAGCUGAUGAAGCAGAAAAUGUUCAACAAACUAUGCAAGAAACAAUAAAAAAACUAAACCAAAAAGAAGAGCAGUUUGCACUCAUGUCUUCAGAACUGGAACAGCUGAAGUCUAGUUUGACUGUGAUGGAGAAAAAACUGAAGGAGCGAGAAGAGAGAGAACAGCAACUGAUUGAAGCUAAAGCCAAACUUGAAAAUGAUAUUGCAGAGAUCAUGAAGUCUUCAGGAGACAGCUCUGCCCAGCUUACGAAAAUGAAUGAUGAGCUCCGGUUAAAAGAAAGGCAGUUGGAGCAAAUACAACUUGAGCUUACAAAAGCGAAUGAAAAGGCUGUUCAGCUUCAGAAAAAUGUGGAGCAGACAACACAGAAAGCUGAGCAGAGUCAGCAAGAAGCUCUCAAGAUUCAUCAGGCAGAACUGAAAAAUAUGCAGGAUCAACUAACGGACAUGAAAAAGCAAAUUGAGACUGGCCAAACGCAGUAUAAGGAUCUUCAGGCAAAGUAUGAAAAAGAAACUUCUGAGAUGAUCACUAAACAUGAUGCAGAUAUCAAAGGGUUUAAGCAGAACUUACUGGAUGCAGAAGAGGCACUGAAAAUUGCACGAAAGAAAAACGAUGAGUUAGAAACACAGGCUGAGGAGCUGAAAAAGCAAGCAGAACAGGCCAAAUCCUUAAGCUCUGUGUUAGCAUCAGCCAGAAAAGAAAUUGAACUAAUGUCAGACAAGAUGAGGGUUUUGAUAUCAGAAAAAGAGACUCUGGCACAGGAGGAGAAUACUUUAAAAUUAGAGAGAGGUUCCUUGCUAUCAAAACUUCUAGAACUGGAAUCAAAAAUUUCGUUAAUGCAACAAGACCAAGAAGAACUUUGGACAAUAAAUGAAGAACUUAAUUCAGAAAACAAAAAAAUCCUAAAGCAGAAGGAGGAAGCUGAGGCCAAAAGCCAGCAGGAAAGCACAGAAAAGACAGCAGUAGUUUCCGAGAAAAGCAAAUUACUCUCUGAAAUAGCGGCAGCACAGGCAGACCUUGUGAAGAUAGCUCAAGAAAAUGAUGCUCUCCGGUCUUCAGAGUCAACCUUGCUCCAACAGUUGAAAGAACUUCAGGCCAACAAAGAUACCAUGGAUGUGUUAUGUCAGAAACAUACCAAAGAACUCGAAGAACUGGAGCAUUAUCAGAAGAAGCUUUUGGAAGAGAAAGAUGCAGUUGUUAAAGACAAAGAUGAUGUUAUUCAGAAGCUGGAAAGUUCUUGUGAGGCCCUGGCCAGAGAUCAAAGAGAGCUACUCCAAGAAGUGUCAGCUCUGACUGCAGAGAGAGAUUCAGCCCUAGGUAAACACUCAGAUCUUAAAAAUACACAUAUAGCCUUAAAAAAAGAAAUGGACAGUCUAUUGCAGACAAGUCAGAGUCUGCAGUCCGAGAAGGAGAUGCUUCUUAAAAGCAUAGAAGAGCUGCGUGUGAGUUUAGACAAUACGGUUAGUGAAAACCAAGCAUUCAAAGUGAGAACAGAAGAGAUGCAAACAGAACUCGAGACUGAACAUGAAGAACUUAAAAAAGCAAUGAAAGACAAUAUGGAGUUGAAGGAUUCCCUUGCUAGUCUCUCUUGUCUUCUUGAGGAAAUUAAAGCCUCAAGAGAGAGAUCCAAUGCUGAAUGUAUUCAGUUACUUCAAGAGAAAGAGGCUCUUUCUUCAUCAGAACGAAGGCUUUUAGCUGAAAGGGAGGAACUUUUAAAUGAAAAUAAGGCAAUUGCUGAAAAGCUUGCUAAAGCCACAGCAGAUGCCAUACUUGCUGAGAAAGUCUUUACUGAGAAAAUAAACGAACUGAACUUAGAAAAGGAAUCUGUUUUUCGUAAGUCCUUGCAAUUUGAAAGGCACAAUGAAGCUCUUCUUCAAGAGAAGUCUGAACUAGAGAACAAAUACUCAGAGCUUCUUGAUGAAAACAAGUGUUCUGCAAAUGCAAUUUCUGAUAUGAAGAGAGAACAUGAACUGGAUGUCUCAGCCAAGAGGGCUCUGGCCCAAGAGAAUACCAUGCUCCAAGAUUCCAUUGAAGCCCUCAAGGAAGAACUAAGUAAGAAGACCCUAGAAAAUCAAGAGCUAAUAGCCUGUAAAUGUGACCUUUCAGAUCUUCUGAAGGAGGCCCAGGAUGCCAAAAGAACAUUAGAAAACGAACUGGGUGCUGUAGCACAUGCCAAGCAGGUCCUGUCGUCUUCAUUCAAGACCUGUUCCUCUGAUAGGGAAAUGCUGACCAGAGAGAGGACUGAAUUGCAAGAUAAGUGUCAGAAAUUAAACGGAGAGGUUGAGACUGUGAAAGAAAACUUAACCAUGGAAAAGGAAGCUAGAAAACUGGACAAGGAAUCAUUUUUGUUGGAACGUAUGGAACUUCAAAGCAACAUCAGCUUCUUAGAGAAGGAAAUAGAAGAGCUGAGAGAGAAAAAUAAAGAAUUGCUGAAUGAGAAAGAACUUUUAGUUCAGGAGAAAGAAAAAUCCGAAACUAAACUGGCAGUAGUAAUUAAAGAAAAAGAAACCCUCUAUGCAGAGACAGAGCAGCUCUCUUCCAGUAUUGAACGACUGAAGAGUGACUUUGCUUCCUUGUCUAAAUCAAAAGCAGAGCUCCAGGACUCGCACAGCUGUGUCUCCGAGAGCCUAGAUGAUCUUCGACGCAGGCAUGAGGUGAUGGAGAAGGAGAGAAUACAGUUACUUCAGGAACAUGACAGCCUGCUAGCUGAACAGAAGAGUCUGGUCAUCAUUCAGGAAGAAAUACGAAAAGAGAAGGAGAAAUUCUCCAAGGAUUAUUAUAAACUGCACGAGGAAGUAGCACUUUUAGAACAAACUAUUAGUGACCUCUCAGGCAAAUUGCUGGUCUCUCAGGGCAAAAAUCAGAUGCUGCAGGAGGAGAUGAACAAUCUGGUUUUGAAACUAAAAGAAAUUGAGACUCUCCAGGCCCAAACAGCUGCCAAAAUGGCAGAAGAUGUUUUCCAGACUGUGGAGAAGGUGACCAAAGAGAAGGAUGCCAUUCACAAAGAAAAGAUUGAAACUUUGGCCUCUUUGGAGAGCUCUAGACAGACAAACGAGAAGCUACAGAAUGAAUUGGACAUGCUUAAACAAAACAACCUGAAAAAUGAAGAGGAACUUAAUAAAUCAAAAGAGCUUCUAAAUCUGGAGAACAAGAAAGUGGAAGAACUUAAAAAAGAAUUCGAAGCGCUGAAGCUGGCAGCAGCUCAGAAGUCCCAGCAGCUUGCAGCUUUGCAAGAGGAGAACGUGAAACUUGCCGAGGAGCUGGGCAGGAGCAGGGACGAAGUCACAAGUCAUCAGAAGCUGGAAGAGGAGAGAUCAGUACUCAAUAACCAGUUAUUAGAGAUGAAAAAGAGAGAAUCAACAUUAAAAAAAGAAAUUGAUGAAGAGAGAGCAUCUUUACAAAAAUCCAUCAGUGUUACUAGUGCCUUGAUCACACAAAAAGAUGAGGAACUGGAAAAACUCAGAAAUGAGAUCACGGUGCUCCGUGGAGAAAACGCUUCUGCAAAAACCUUGCAGUCAGUGGUUAAGUCACUGGAGUCUGACAAAUUGAAACUUGAGGAAAAGGUGAAGAACUUGGAGCAAAAACUCAAGGAAAACAACGAACGGCCUUUAACUGUAACUGGCUCCUCAGGUGACAUUGCUGCUAAUGUACUUCAAGAUGAAAUUGCAAAAGAGAAGCAGGUAUUUGAUCUGGAAUGUCAGCAUGCUAAAACAGCAGUGUGUCUAUAGGCAGAGUGAAAUAUUUUUCAAAAGACAGUUCCUAUCAGAUUUUGUAAAUCAGGUUUAUAACAGGCAGAUUUAUCUGGUAACCUUCUGCUUCUGAAGGGAAAUAUUAACAGUAAAUAUUAAGA